UGUAGAUUUCUAGAAAACGUGCUUUUCCUCUUGUAUCGGAUAUAAUUUCGGAUGCUUUAAACAUUUGGACCCAAUCCACAAAUUUUAGAAGAAGUGCUGUAAAACACAUCGUUAACAGUGGCAAGACGGUCGUAUUCUGCCAAAACAACAGUUACAGCACUGAAGUAACCGACGAUUCCAACAGCUGUAAAGUUGAACAAUGUCUGAGUUUGAGGAUCAGUUAAAACAAGAGGAGUUGGCUAGGUUGAAGGCUGAAUCAGGGGAGACAACUCAGACGGAGUACACUGAUGCAGAUGGCACUGUGUAUGAAUGGGAUGCAGACAAGAAAGCAUGGUUCCCCAAGAUUGACGCAGAUUUUAUUGCCAAGUAUCAAAUGAAUUAUGGAGUGGAUUCAAAACCUGAAUGUGGAGAUACAGUGAAGAAUGCUGAACAUGGAGAAACCCAGCCUGAAUACAGCAAAGAGGAGUAUGAGAAAUACUGGGAGAAUUACAACAACUACUAUUAUUACUAUCAGCAGGGUGAGCAGAGUGGAGGGCAGGGUGAAAGCAACACUCCUACUGCUCAGGGUGCAACUGGGAACGAGGUGAAAUCCUCAGACAUGGUCCAAAGCACCAGAGAACAAGGUGGAGGUGAUGAAGAAGACAGGAAUUCUGAUUACUAUCAUUACUUCUCCCAGUACUACGAUGAAAACUACAUUCCGAGCCCUGCAGUUAGCCAGGAUGCGGACAAUAAGGACGGAGGUCAAGGCACAUCAGACACAAACCAAGGGAAGAAGAAACAGACAGUUAAGGCUGGUGAGAAGAGAAAACCUCAGUCUGAAACAGGGUGGGUGCAGAUUGAUGAUGACAAGAACACUAAUGUUUACGUGAGUGGUCUCCCCUUGGAUGUGACUGAUGACGAGUUCAAGGAGCUCAUGUCUAAGUGUGGCCUGAUUAUGCCAGAUCUGGUCACCAAAGAGCCCAAGAUAAAACUGUACCGGGACGAAAAGGGAGAGCCUAAAGGAGACGGGCGCUGCUGUUAUAUCAAAGUGGAAUCUGUAAACUUGGCACUACAGAUUCUUGAUGGUUCAAACCUAAGGGGUCACACAGUGCGCGUGGAAAGGGCACAGUUUACCAUGAAGGGCAACUUUGACCCCAAAAAGAGACGAAAGAAACUGAAUGCAAAAGAAAAGAAGAAACUACUCCAACAGCAACAAAAGUUGUUGGAUUGGAAGCCAGAGAUUUCUGACAGUCGCAUGAGGUGGGAGAAAACUGUCAUCUUAAAACACAUGUUUGAUCCCAAGGAGUUUGAGAUCAUAAGGAUGACCUCUGUUUUAGAUCAUAAGGGUGACCUUGUUUUAGAUCAUAAGGAAGACCUUGUUUUAGAUCAUAAGGGUGACCUUGUUUUAGACCAUAAGGGUGACCUUGUUUUAGAUCAUAAGGGUGACCUUGUUUUAGAUCGUAAGGAUGAUCUUGUUUUAGAUCAUAAGGGUGAUAAGGGUGACAUUGUUUUAGAUCAUAAGGAUGACCUUGUUUUAGAUCAUAAGGCGUCAUCCAGAGGGGUCAUGGCUGUGAAUUUCAAAGAGUUUGAGCCAGCUGAUCAGUGUGUCCUGGCUUUGAACGGACGAUGGUUUGCCAAGAAGAGGAUAAGUGCUGAACGUGGGACGGCAAAAACAAAGUACGAGAUAGAGGAGUCAACAGCAGAGCGCGAGGAAAGGUUGAAAAAAUGGUCCGAUUUUCUGGAAGCCGAAGAGAAGAAGGAAAAAUUCAAACCAACUGUGACUGCAAGUGCUGGAGCAUCAAGCUCUGAAAAAGCUGCACUGGCUGAGUCAAGUGCAUCAAGUGUUAAUGCCAGUGCUUCUGGCAGUAGUGCCAGGGACGGUGCUCCAGACAUGGACACUGAUAGGACAUCUGACGGUAGUGGUAAUGCUCAGUCUGAGUCUGCUGCUGCAGGAGAGGCACUCUGACCCAGAGGCACUCUCUACACCCCAGAGAAUACUGUGACUUCAGAGGCAAUCUCUAAUGCCAGAGCACUGACAUCAGAGAUGCUUUGACCCCUUAGGCACUCUGACAACAUAGUCUCUCUAGCUCUGACUGGAUAAUGUGUCAUGGCUCUGGAGGGUGUGUUAUAAGCGAUCUUUUUGUUCAGGAGCGCCUGUGAUGUGAUGAGGAACUAGAUUUGUAUGUACAUGUAUGCAAUUUGGAUUCUCAUGUUCAUGUGCAUAAAAUUUCCAUUCACCCAAUUGUUGUAAAAUUGGGUGUAAAACUACCUGGGUUAGUCACACUUGGAUAAGGCCUUGGUGAGCAAUGAUCCACAAUCUGUCAAAGUAUACUGUAUGUCAUUUUGAAAAGUUUGAAAAUCUAUAAUGAAUUACUUGAUGUAGAACUUAAAGACACAAACAGAGAAGCCAGACAUGAAGUCUAUGUCAGAUGAAGGAAUAAUGAUGACUGUCCAGGAAAGUAGUUUGAUUUAUUUGCUUGGGACUUUUUCAACCAAGUAAAAUGUAUUUGCCACAUUUGAUUCUGUUGUGGCAUUUUCUGACAUUCUUUCAGAAGGGAUGUCAGAUUCAGUUUUUACCACUUGGCAUUCACUGCUGUGAAUUUCAGUUAAUUCAUUAAUGUUCAUGUUAGGCUAAUAGUGCUUUCACUGAAUGCACCCUGAAAUGUACUACAUGUGUUUCAAACUAGAAAGAAAGAAAGAAAAAAAAUAGGCACGGCAUUAGUCUUUAUUGAGUUUGUGUUUGGAUAUAGCAAGAAAAGUCAUGUUUUGUUGGUUACCAUACCCCUAGACUAUUUACUGCAGUGUCUUCACAGACUGAGGAGAGGCUGACUGGAGAAGUUGUAACGUGAUGCAAGAUACAUGUAUAAGGUGAAGUUAGUUGUGUGAGAGUUGCAUACUACUGAAAACCUUAAGUCGGGUUGGUACUGCAUAUUUACUUAAUACAGUAUGUUUAUAUUGUUGUAUUGUUAUGCGAGCUGUUAAAAAUAGUUCCUGAUCUCAGUU